UUUACUCCAAAUAAAGGGUCAAUGACAAAGAUUGAAUCGCACAUGAAUGAAGACAGCAAUUGACCCAAUAAUUUGAUUCCUUGAAUUAUCAUGCAAGUGAUGAGUCUAUGACUCAACUGAAUUACAUUUGAUUGAAGCUGGUUAACACCUUGCUUGGUGUGCCAAUACAAUUGAUUGAUGAUGUAUACCUAGGGAUGUGAUUAUUAAAAAUCAAACAAUUGAUUCCUAAAUUUAAUCCAUUUUUUGCUGUUCAGAUGAACGAAUCCUUUUUUCAGUUUAUUAUGGAAACUAUGUUUGAAAAAAAAGGUAAUAUUUGUCUAGUUACGUUCAUCGAGUUACUCAAUUGUAAUGUCCUCGAAAUCAUUUAAAUAUUUGCUUUAUGAAUGAUUAUAAAUGUGAUUGUUAAAGUCAGAAUGUCACUUUGAUCAUUUUAUUGAAAAAAAUUGUCAUUGUCGACAUUGUUUUCAAGAUAUUUUUGCAUUUUUUGAUUGAUUUUGACAAGGUUAUCAUGUCAUUGACUGGUUUCAUGCUGAGCUAUAUUGUAAUCACCAAAGAAUUGAGUAGACUAAAUUUAAAAAAUCAGUUUUGUUGAGCUCAGUCUGAGUGAAGCUCAGACAGUUAAACGUUCACUUGAUUUAAGCUUUUCAUCACUAAAGGCAUUAAAUUCAAUCUGUCAACAGUUAAUAACGAAGACUUUUAUAAUCGUUUUCUUUAUUUCCCACUUUUCUUGUUAUUUAAACUGAAAAAACGAUUGAUCAAACGAAAUGUUGAAUAAUUUAAACAAUUUUCUGGUCACCACUUUAGAGACAAAUCCGAUUCUGAAUAUACUGGAUCCUGGAUCAGGCCUUAAGUUAUGUACUUUAUUUUCACUAGUUUAUAAACAUUCUGUACUAAUAUUUUGUCAUUGUCUUUUAAAGAAUUGAUUGUUUCCAACGAAAUUUAAUUGUAAAAGGAAUGAAAUUCAUCAUUUUAACGAAACUUUGCUAAAAUUUUUUGUUUCGAUACUUGGAUUAGAUAUUUUUUAUGCCUUGUUAAUGCUUUACAAUAGAUAAGUAUCGACUCCAAGAUCUGAUCCACUUUUCUGGUUGUUUUGCUUACUCCAUUUUACCCGGCAUUUCAAACUCUAAACAUAGAAAAUCUAUUUUUUUAUAAUCUCGUUUUUUUAAAAGCUUUUUUAUUUAUUCAGGUUACAAUCAAAAUGUCACUUCACUGUAAAAUCGAAAAUGCAGGGAUAAAAGUAUUUGCUCAAGCAAUUAACUGCUGUUGUAAAUUAGGAGAAGAUGUAUAUUUAGACGCCAAUGCUAAUGAGCUAACCAUCAAAGUCCUCAACGAGCCUUAUAAAUCUGCAUUCAUGAUGAUUGCAUUUGAUAGUGCCUUUUUUGAUUCUUACGAAGUUGAAGGACGAUGUUCUCCCAACGACGAUAUCACAAACGAUGAUGGGUCGCAAAACAGUGUAAACAGAAACAACAAAACUCCGAGGAUGUAUUGUAAACUCAAAACUAGGUCUUGUCUUUUAGCUUUCAAAAAAGAGAAAAAUUUAGUCAAAAAUAUGGAACACUGUGAAAUUAACAUUAAAUCGUCCAGUGAUUUUGCACAAUUCAAGUUUGUAUAUGACUCGAAAUGUAUCAAGAAAAUGGAGUUACCAUUAGGAUGUGAUUUCUUAGAUGUCAAUGAUGAUGUAUUUCAAAAUGGACAAAACAAAGUCACUUGUAAAGCAAAAAUAUUAGCUGAUAUCUUGACAUACUUUGCAAAAGAAGAUGAAUAUAUUACCAUGAAGGCAACUCCACAGUCUAUCGAAUUUGAAACCCAUUUCGCUGACAGAGAUAAAAGUGGAAAACUGACCAAAACUAAUAUUGAUAUCGACGAAUUUGAAUUAUAUAACAUAUCUGAUGAUAUCUUUCUAACAUACUCUCUUCGACUUAUUCGGCCUUUUUUAUCGUUUUGCAGUGGAAGGAUUCCAGAAAUUGACAUUUUUAUGACGGGCUCAAAUCAACCAAUUUGUUUCAAUGCGGAAUAUCCACCUUACAUAAAAAUAGCUCUGGCUUUGGCUACUCUAGAUGUCAAUCAGUCAACUCCAAAUCGUAACUCUUCUAAAAGUUCAGUCAUGUAUCAAACUAACCGAUCAUCCCAACAUGCUGAAGCCACUCGAGUAUCAAAUAACAACGGUACACGAACGAGCAGACUUUUAUCUCAGGAUAGUAAUGAAAUAUCGUCUAACCCUGAAAACCCUAGACACUCAAUUCAAGGCUCUAUUGCAAUUAGAGACCAAGAGAUUACAAAUCAUCGUUUGAUAAGUAAUGAGGAGCAACAUGAUUCAGUCAAUUCAUUAAGUCAAGGAGGAUCCCCAAGAAAUAUCUCUAAUCAUUCAAUACCACCUGAACCUAUUGAUUUUGAUAUGCAAGUCGAUAAUUUGGAUGAGGAAGCCGACGAAAUUUGCGAAAACUUUCCGAGUCAGUCUACUAUUGGUCCAGAAGGCGGUGAACCUGUGAAUUCUCAAAGUCAACAACUCAGUUCUGGACAGACUACCAAGAAUAAUAGUCAAUUGACUCCUUUAGUGCUCUCACAACCGUUGCCCUCAAACUUAAGUAACGGAUCACAAUUAUCUAAUUUACAACCACGUGAUACAUCUUAUUGGAUGUCGCUAGAAAUCAGAUCAGAAAGUCAACUUUCUAGCAGCUCUGACGAACUUUUAGUUCCUCCUACGGACAAUGAAUACGAAUCUGAUUAGUUAAUUAAUAGGUAAUACUGAAUCAACAAUCCAUUUGAAAAUCAAUUAUUGUUGCAAACACCAGUCAACUUUUCUCUAUUUUUCUAUAAAUUGUAAUUAUUGAAUAAAAUAUAAAUACAGCUGUUUAUUAGUGCAAAGACUGUCAACCUAAAAGUCUCAAAUUGAAUCUAUUCAAGUUUCUAUUAAGAUUAAAGAUAAUCUGUUGUGCACUUAA